GGUGAAGGAGACCAAAAGCCAGGACUAGAGCCUGGAGAUAUUAUCAUUGUUUUAGAUCAAAAGGAUCAUGCUGUUUUUACAAGACGAGGAGAAGACCUUUUUAUGUGUAUGGACAUACAGCUGGUUGAAGCAUUGUGUGGCUUCCAAAAGCCAAUAUCCACUCUUGACAACCGAACCAUAGUCAUCACCUCUCAUCCAGGUCAGAUUGUCAAGCAGGAGGAUAUUAAAUGUGUGUUAAAUGAAGGCAUGCCAAUUUAUCAUAGACCAUAUGAAAAAGGGCGCCUAAUCAUUGAAUUUAAGGUUAACUUUCCCGAGAAUGGCUUUCUCUCUCCUGAAAAACUCUCUCUGCUGGAAAAAUGCCUACCUGAGAGGAAAGAGGUCGAAGAGACUGAUGAAAUGGAUCAAGUAGAACUGGCGGACUUUGAUCCAAACCAGGAACGCUGCCACCAUUACAAUGGAGAAGCAUAUGAGGAUGACGACCAUCACCCCAGAGGCGGGGUUCAGGGUCAGACCUCUAAUGGGGCCACUGAGUCCACUGCACUUAAUAUGCAGCAAGUGCAUACGUGAAGGACUGCAAUCAUAAUAUGCUCACUACUUGGCUAUUGUUUUUGUUUUAAUAUUCAACUAUAGUAGUGUUUUAAAGUUAAAUGAAUAAACUCAUAUA